ACUGCUCUACUUCCUGUUUUGUUUUUCUUUCGCUCCGUGUCUGCUCGGUUCGGGUAGAUAUGGAAGAAUUGGCGAGGCGAAGAGAAGACCACAGCCUGCCCACGGAGAAGUUCACAGUCUUAAAACACAGGUGGACCUUAUAAACCAAACGGUAGCACCGGGCUGCAGUAACACCUGCCGCGGGGCUUCAGACACCCUCCCUCCGCCUCUGUUGUCACCGACAUGGCUCUCAGCUCGGGCGGCUGGGCUCCUCCAGCCCAGGUACCCGCAUCGUCUCAACAGGCUGCGUGUGGCGGACCUGCGCCGGCAGCCUGCUGCAGCACCGUUUUAAUGUCAGUCCGGGUUUCGGUGUGCCAUUCCGGUAUCCGACCCCUUUGCCUCCCCGGAGCCGGCAGCGAGGCUCUGCGGCUCCAGCUCAGCAUGGACCCCAGCAGGGCCGGAGAGUUUCGACUGGCGCUGCGAGACACGAGCGGAAACCGCAGUGUGUUUAUUGCAGAGUUUGACUUGCGCUCAGUGCAGUAUGAGGUCAAGUCUGCUCGCUGCCAUGAGAUGCGUCUUGCUGCUCCGCCCCACGACUGUAUCCGCUUCAACUUCCGCUGUGAUCGUGAAGCCGAGGAAUGGGCCACAGUGGUGAUGUCAUCACUAAGAGAGGCACAUAGGGUUGCAAAUAUCAACACAUGUGAAUCGGAUGGCACACAGACACACACGUCUGCAGCUAUGGAGCCAUGGAGCUCAGCCUCUUUGCCUCUCACUGAGGAGUUGUGCCUGGAGCUCACCAGGGCGAUUGAAGCAGGUGACGCUCAAGCCGCCUCACAACACGCAUCCUCUCUGGCUCGUCAGAAAGCAGCACUGACAAUUCAACUGUCUGAGAAAAACUACGCCGAUGGAGAGAUUAGUUUAUCUGUGGUUGUGGAGGACGUUUCAUCAUCCUGUUGUGUCACAGUCAAAGUGUUUCCCUACAUGACAGUGGCUGCACUCAAGCAACAGGUGUUUCUCGAGUAUGGCUUCCAUCCACGUGUGCAGCGUUGGGUGAUUGGUCAGUGCUUGUGCACGGAGCCGAGGUCACUGGCCUCUUAUGGCGUGCAGAAGGAUGGGGACACCGCGUACCUCUAUCUGAUCUCUGCCCGCCAAGCCCGAAUUACACGUCAGCUGUUCCAGCAGGACCUGGAGAGCGCCCUUCUUGCCCCCCCUCUGCCCCCUGGCAACGGUCCCACCUCGCAAGACUGGAGGGGUUACAGCACCCUGCCCUCGAGGCUACCCCACAACAACCAGGGCAGCUCGGGUGCAGGAGGUGAUAGACCAGGCGACAUUAAAGAUGUCCUUGACAUAGAGAAUCUGCAGCUAAACGAUAAAACCAACAAAGCCAAUAAAACACAGCAGACGGAGUGGGCUUGUCCUUCUUGCACUUUCAUCAACAAACCGUCCCGUCCUGGCUGUGAGAUCUGUGCAACAGCUAGGCCAGACACACACAAGCAGAGCUGCAUCCAGCAGGAAAAAGGAAGGAGAGAGGAUCGAGGAGAGCCUGGUUUAAGCAGCAGCUGACUGCCCAGCAUCACUCUGUUGUUACCAUCACUCACACACUUUAACACACAUGCAUACACAUACAGAGCGAGGAUGCUCAUUCUACCAGUUAGCUCACACACAUGUUGAGAUGAACACACUUACUUUGUGACUGUCAAGUGCACUGAGAGUCCUCACAGCUGUCUGGCUGCUGGAGACCAGAGGGUUUGAAGCACUGUAGCAUGAAAAAGAGCUGCACUGGCCAGUGCUCAGACGAUGACCUGCAGUGAAAGCUUUUAGUCAUUAUUAAUAUGGACAUGUCCAUGACAUACAUCAGAAUUUGGCAAGACUUCUUUUAUUUAUUUUAAAGGUAUGUGUGUGGUGCAAACAACACGGACAGCCUGAUAUUUAUUUUAGGGGGAGGAUGAGUGAGGAGCUCUUUGCAUUGUAUUGCAGCUGAAGAUGAGGGAAUGUCAUACUUUGAGUUUUUGACGACUGUGACAAGAGAUGAGAGGUAAAGCCUUGUACCAGAGUACCCUGUUCUGUUUAAGUGUGUCAUUUGAUGGUGCCAAAAAAUGAUGGAAACAUAGAAAAAGCCAUGGUUUGGAAGACGGUAUGUUGUGUUUACAGGGUUUGUCAAGUGCUUUUAUUUUUUUAUAACAUUGUAUUAAGUGUAUUAUUUUUAAUGAUGCAUUGAGCAACUGAUGUACAUUUUAACAAUUGAUCUAAUUUUACUUGAUUCCCUCUGAGCUGUGACGGCAAUGGAAGGAUCUGUUUUCAGUAUAUAAUACUGUUAAAAAAAAAAAAAAAAACUUGCAUUAGCUGAAUAAACAUAAU